AUGUCAUUUCAAGAUCUCAUACCAGUAGUCAAUAAACUACAAGAUAUAGUUACUACCACUCAAGUAUCUGAUAUUGAUUUACCCAUUUUAGCUGUUGUGGGAUCUCAAUCUUGUGGUAAAUCUUCGGUAUUAGAAAAUAUUGUUGGUAAAGACUUUUUACCUCGAGGCACUGGGAUCGUUACUAGAAGACCAUUGGUAUUACAAUUGAUUAAUGUUAGUGAAGAUGAUCCUAUUGUUACAAAAGUCCCCGCUCAACAACUGCAGCAGCAACAGCAACCACCACAACAACAACUGCAGUAUACUGAUUCACUGGAUGAGAUCAACUUGGAAGAUCAUUUGAGAAAAAUGAACGGUAGUACUAGAGGUAAGAAACCAUCUGCUGAAUGGGGUGAAUUCUUACAUAUCCCUAAUAAACGAUUUUAUAAUUUCAAUGAUAUUAGAAGAGAAAUUGAGAAUGAAACUUUAAGAAUUGCUGGUCAAAAUAAAGGUAUCAGUAGAUUACCAAUCAAUCUCAAGAUUUAUUCACCUAAUGUAUUGAAUUUAACAUUAGUGGAUUUGCCAGGUUUAACCAAGAUUCCUAUUGGUGAUCAACCAACUGAUAUUGAAAAACAAACUAGAAGUUUAAUUUUAGAAUAUAUUUCCAAACAAAAUUGUAUUAUAUUGGCAGUAUCUCCUGCUAAUGUUGAUUUGGUCAAUUCUGAAUCUCUUAAAUUGGGAAGACAAGUUGAUCCUACUGGGAAAAGAACUAUUGGGAUUUUAACAAAAUUGGAUUUAAUGGAUCAAGGUACUAAUGCAUUAGAUAUUUUGAAGGGGAAUGUUUAUCCAUUGAAAUUAGGAUUUAUUGGUAUUGUUAAUCGUUCACAACAAGAUAUUUCUGAACAUAAAUCUUUAGAUGAAUCUUUAUUUGAUGAACAACAAUUUUUCGCUAAUCAUCCAGCUUAUAAAACCAUGGCUAAAAGAUGUGGUACAAAAUAUUUGGCCCAAACUUUGAAUAAGAUUUUAAUGAAUCAUAUUAGAGAAAGAUUACCUGAUAUUAAGGCAAAAUUAAACACUUUGAUUGGUCAAACAGAACAUGAGUUGGCUUCUUAUGGUGAUGGGUUUGGUUUUGGUGAUUCCAAAGAAGCUCGUGGAGCCAUGGUAUUAACUUUAAUGACAAAAUUUGCUAAUUCAUUUGUUGGAUCUAUUGAAGGUACAGCUGUUAAUGAAACUGCUGCAAGAGAAUUAUGUGGUGGGGCCCGAAUUUAUUAUAUUUAUAAUGAAAUUUUUGGUUCUCAAUUGGCAUCAAUUAAUCCAACCCAUAAUUUGUCUAUUCAUGACAUCAGAACGGCAAUUAGAAAUUCUACUGGGCCUCGACCUUCAUUAUUUGUUCCAGAAUUGGCUUUUGACAUUUUAGUUAAACCUCAAAUUAAAUUAUUAGAAGCUCCAGCACAUAGAUGUGUUGAAUUGGUUUAUGAAGAAUUGAUGAAAAUUGUUCAUAAUGUUUGUUCAGCCGAUAUUGGUAAUGAAAUGAGUAGAUAUCCCCGUUUACAAAAUAAAUUAAUUGAAGUUGUCAGUGAUUUAUUGAGAGAAAGAUUAGGACCAACUAUUAAAUAUGUUGAAUCAUUAAUUGAAAUCAACAAGGCAUAUAUUAACACCAAUCAUCCUAAUUUUGUGGGGGCUGCUAAAGCUAUGAGUAUUGUUGUUGCCGAACGUCAAAAGCAAAAGGAAUUGGAACUGUCUAGUAGAUUGAGAUUAGCCAGUGAAAGAAUUUUAAAUAAGAAAAAUCAUGAUUAUGAUGAAGAAGACGAAGAUAAAGAAAAUCAACAAGAAAUGAAUAAUAAUGAGGAAGAAGUGGUUGAAGAUCUUGAAGCUGAUAUCAAAUCGGUUGAUGAUGAAAUACCCAAAUCAAAUCGUCGACGUGCAGCAUCUACAAGAACUUAUUCGGUAAGAUCAGAAUCAACUUCAGGACAUUAUCAUCAUGGUCAUCUUCAUCAACAAUCCUCUUCAAGUUAUUUGAAUUAUUUCCUUGGGAAAGAUCCUGUGGUUCAUCAACAACAUUUACAAACUCAAGCCCAAUUGAAUCCAACUCCAUUCAAAUUCCCUGCCCCACAAGAAGCCACUUCAUUACAAUUUAAUACUACUUUUAUAAAUAGCAAUAAUACCUCCACCACUACUCCAAUUAAUGCUACUACUACUAACAAUUUUAAUUCCAAUUUACCUGAUGAAUUUGGCAAUAAAUUAGCAUUAUCUGAUUCCACUGUAAGUUCAUUUGAAUCGGAUGAAUUGAUCCAUGAAUUGAGUGAACGUGAACAAAUGGAAUGUGAAUUAAUUAGACGAUUAAUUAUUUCUUAUUUCUGUAUUGUUAGAGAAACCAUUCAAGAUCAAGUACCUAAAGCCAUCAUGUGUUUAUUAGUGAAUCAUAUUAAACAAGAAAUUCAAAAUAGAUUGGUGGUGAAAUUAUAUAAUGAAAAUAUGUUUGAUGAAUUAUUACAAGAAGAUGAGACUAUUCAAGCUGAACGUGAAAAAUGCAUAGAAUUAUUGAAAACAUAUAGAGAAGCAUCUGAUAUAAUUAGUGAAGUCUUUUAA